UUUACACUAUCGCAAGGAGGUACAUGUUAACGAAUGGAAGAUUCAAUCAGAUGCUUGAACAUAUGGCAGAUUUAAUCAGAAUGUGAUUGAAUCUUCCAUGUUUUAACAUGUACCUCCUUGCAACAAUGUAAACCCUAGUAGAAUCAAGGUAUCCUCACCCUCAAGAGUAGUAUGCCGUGUAAACGGUGCUUGGAUAUUUACCACAUUUGAGGAUCUGCUCGCUAAGAAACAUGUACACAUAUUCACUUGUUUUGUUUGCCGUUCUUCCUCUCUUUGUCAAUUCUAAUAAAGUUAUUGGGGAUUCUUAUCACGGUAUUGUGGAUUCCAUUGUAGAAACGAGUUGCAGUGGCUGUUACUACAGCAAACAAUGCAUAUGUGAUAAUCAAACCGUCAUUCUUAGAACAGAAUAUGAUUGCAGACUGAUAGAAUGCAAAAGCAAAAAGAUAGAGACUAAUAGAUUAUUUUGUAAAGACUCCCGAGGAAAUUGUAUGGUUCAUGGCCAGCAGUUGCUUGGUGUUUAUCACAAUCUGUGUGUGACACUGUUCUGUAGCGUAUAUGGUAGUGUGGCCACACUCAGUAUGCGAUUUAAUUUAGUUUGUAUGCCAGAACAUGUUAUGAUGGAUAUCCUGAAGUUUUACUAUCCUCCUUUCCAUCGCUGCUGAAUGGAAACAGCAAAUACUGAUGCAUUAUUUUGACAAUAAUAAAAUAAUGGUCAACGAAAUAUAAUGGCGUAUUUAAAGUUUGUACCAUAUAUUGACAUCAAA